AUGUUGUCUGUAAUCAUAUUAAUGGCUUUAAGUCUACUUGCCAUUAGUAUAACUUUAGGUGAUAUUCAAGAAGUUCAACCACAGAACUGUGUCUGCUAUGACCCUGGUCGUCUUGAUUCUAAAAACUCUACUGUUACCUGCAACACCACUCACUGUAGUCGUGGCAAUAAUCCUAACUAAAUCAUGGGAUGGGAUGGGAUGGGAUGGGAUCAAAAAAUUAUGUUCGUCCCAUGGGAUGGGAUGGGACAAAAAAAUUUCGUCCCAUCCCAUCCCAUCCCAUGA